AUGAAGACGAGCCGCCGCGGCCGAGCGCUCCUGGCCGUGGCCCUGAACCUGCUGGCGCUGCUCUUCGCCACCACCGCCUUCCUCACGACGCACUGGUGCCAGGGCACGCAGCGGGUGCCCAAGCCCGGCUGCGGCCAGGGCGGGAGCGCCAACUGCCCCAACUCGGGCGCCAACGCCACGGCCAACGCCACGGCCGCCCCCGCCGCCGGCCCCGGCCCCCCGGGCGGCGCGCUCUACAGCUGGGAGACGGGCGACGACCGCUUUCUCCUGAGGAAUUUCCACACCGGCAUCUGGUACUCGUGCGAGGAGCAGCUCGGCGGACGCGGUGAGAAAUGUCGCAGCUUCAUUGACCUGGCUCCAGCGUCGGAGAAAGGGGUCCUGUGGCUGUCAGUGGUCUCCGAGGUGCUGUACAUCCUCCUGCUGGUGGUCGGCUUCAGCCUCAUGUGUCUCGAGCUCUUCCACUCCAGCAACGUCAUCGACGGGCUCAAGCUGAACGCCUUCGCAGCCGUCUUCACGGUGCUCUCAGGCCUCCUGGGAAUGGUCGCCCACAUGAUGUACACGCAGGUGUUCCAGGUCACCGUAAGCCUCGGCCCUGAGGACUGGAGACCCCACUCCUGGGACUACGGGUGGUCCUUCUGCCUGGCGUGGGGCUCCUUUACCUGCUGCAUGGCAGCUUCUGUCACCACGCUCAACUCCUACACCAAGACAGUCAUUGAGUUCCGGCACAAACGCAAGGUCUUUGAGCAGGGCUACAGGGAGGAGCCAACCUUCGUAGACCCGGAGGCCAUCAAGUACUUCCGGGAGAGGCUGGAGAAGGGCGAUGGCAGCGAGGAGGAGGACCUGCACCUGGACUGCCGUCACGAGCACUACCCCAGCCGAUACCAGCCGCACGUGGGGGAUUCCUGGCCUCGGAGCGCGGCACAGGAGGCGCCCGAGCUGAGCCGCCAGUGCUGGGUCCUGGGUCACUGGGUGUGACAGAGACCCCAGCCCGGCCCCUGGACCUCGGGCCGUCGCUGGCACCGCCCCCUGGCAUCCCGGAAGCCCGGCCUGGGUGCUGUGGACUCAGCCCGCGUGUAGGGGGAGACGCCAGGCUCGUGCCUCCUGCCUGCCUGGACCCUGGGGUCCUGGACAUUGGGGGCCAGGAUGAGUCCAAGGGUCCCCCGCGGCCGCACAGACACCUCGGGACAGCGGCCCUGAACUUUCACCGUCCGCCACCACGCACAGAGCCCACCCGGCGCGGCCGGAGCACCGGAUGGACGCAGCCACUGACCACUGCGUGCCGGGGCACCUACAGCCGGCCAGGAAGCUGAGGAGGCGCCCAGAGGGGCGGAUCCC